AUGAUAUUUCACAUAUCAACUGGCUACGCUGUGUUCAUAUGGAUAUUGUCGACAAUAUUCUUCUUGUUAUUUUUCUGCAUUGGAGGAAAGGUAAAGGCUGAUUGUGAAGGGCGUAGUUUCCGCUCUCAUCGGCCCUCUUUGGCUUUCCCGAGCUUGGUUGGUUCAAUGCCUCGCUCGCGAAGAUCAUCAGAAGUAAUCAUCUCCAAGCCCCCAAAAGACCUACCAGCUACGAACUUCCGCGAAAUGACUCACUUGGAAGUAGUAAACGAAUGA